GAAGUAGUCCCUGAGAGCAUGGGUACAGUUGUGUAUUUGAAGAUAAUGCGAAUGAUAUAUAUAUUUCUUUUUCUGAAGAAGAACUGUCACCAAAUGAGCGAAUAUGCACGAUAUGGUAUGAUCACUAUUCUUGAAAAAAUGAUUUAUGAAAUAGUUUCAAAUCACAGGACAGCGUUAUUUUUUCGUCGUGCUUGGCGGUGGCAAUGUUUGGAUGCAUCUAAUAGCAUUAAACAAUGCAUAACUUCCAAUGUAUACUGGUGUUUAGAAUUGAACGCCCAUGGACUUGUUCAUUUCUUGAUAAAUUGUCGUAAAAAUAAUGCUCACGAACAAUUCAUUGUACAAAAUUUGUCCAGUCAACCAUGUGAGGCUUUAUUUCGCGAGCUUCGUUCAAUGACCACUACGAACCAUACUGCUGUAAACUUUACAAUGAAGGAUGUAGAACAACGAAUGCAGCGUGUGCAAAUGAAGUUACUGAUAGCGAAUCGAAGGAAAAAUGCAUUAGUUUUUCCAAGCAUUAAAAAGCAAGUCUCUAGAGCUAUGGCAUCUACUUCAUAUGACCUUCCAGAUGAUGACCAGAUAAAAGAAGCAAUCAGCAAAGCAGAGCAAAUAGCGAUUGAACUUCUCAUUUUCGUAGGGUUCGACAUGGUAAAAAUUAACUUUACGAACAGUAUCAUAUCACGAGAAUCUAAUCCUUUGACUAAAACCGAGUGUGUUAGUUUGAAUGAGAUUCGCGAAAAGUGUUCAGAAAGUAGUAUAUCUAUGAUUUCGAUGAAAAACAGUAUUUCAUAUGACUUAUUUGCAGUUGCAUAUUCUGAUCGAAGCGAACAUCCUGAAUUCAACAGAAGUCAUGGUAUUGUUGAAUGCUCAAGAAAUGUAUUCGGCGACACUGGAGGAGAAAUCGUUCUGAAUACUUGUCAAACAACUAGUAAAAAAGAAUAUUUUCAGAAUAAGAAAAGUCACUGGGGGUAUUUUCCAUAUAAAAAAAAUCUAAAAUGCUUUGGACGUUGACAUCUGGGCGAUUGAAAAGGCUUAACGAUAGACUGAAACGUUUUCAUAGCAUUGUUAAAGCACCAAAAACAUGUUCAAAUAUGUCGCGAUUGUAAUGUUGACUUAGAGACGUAUAAUAUUAAAAAAACAACUCCGAAAUAUUAUUUUCAAUUGAUUGCAAUGAAAUCAACUUAUUAAAACUUCCAUGCAGUAUUCGCGUCUUUUAUCUAAUGCCAUUAUUUUGUUUUUAAAAUUUUUCCCACUAAACUUGAAUAAAAGAAUAUGAACAGUUCAAAACUUCUCGAAUUCGUUUUUUUUUAUUGUGUAUGUUGAAUCACUGUGAUCCAGACUAACUGAAUCGAUCGACGGCGGCGGGCUUCCGCAGGUGCUUUACUUGCUCGAAGGUGAUUUUGAAAGAUGCAUGCUGAAUCCGAAACGAUUUAAAGCCAGGUUCAUUGAAAUCAGAAUUCAG